AUGUCAGUCGGGCUCUCUGGCGGCGCGCACAAUGCCCUGGACGAAGAGGCAAGGGCCGAGGUUGAUGUUCUCAACUCGCGACUAGAGAAGACGACCCAAUUGACCAAGAAGAUUCAAUCCUGCCUCAACCGACUCGAGACAACAGGGAAAAGUGUACAGGAUGUUGCUGGGCCGCUCAACGGAGAAACUAGGCGGCUUCAGAUACUGGGAAACAAUGUCGACUCCGUUCUUUCUGCAAUCGAUCGCUUGCGCCAGCCUGCGGAUAGCAAGAACGACGAGGAACAGAUCAUCCGGGUUGGGCCUGAGAAGGCUGGUCUCUCUAACUACCUGGCCUCUAUAAAGCGUCUCGGCAAAGCCUUGAAUGAGAUGAAGGCUUCGAAUCUGCGCGCGAACCAGCAAACAAUGGCAGACUUAUCACGUCUCAUCAAAUCAGGCAACAGUCAACUCGAGCAUCAUUUCGAAACUCUGCUUCGCGGCGAGACCCCCCGAUCUGUCGAGCCGCUACAUUUCAUCACGAAAGAUAAGCCUUUUCCCACACUCCCUCAAGACAAGAUCGCCCGACUCGGUCUUGUUUAUUCUUAUGUUGCGGAGAGCAACCCCAAUGGAGGCUCCGAGCUUGCUCAUAUAUACUCUGAGGUACGCGGCCCGUACAUUUCAACGUCGUUGGCAAACCUCGCUGCCGCAAGCGUCAACACCGCCAAAAAGAAGAGCCCAGAUGCUGUCUACCGUGCAGGCACCAACGGUAUUGGAACUUACUCACAGGCGAUGGAAGGCAUCUUCCUUUCCGAAUACGACAACGUCUGUAGUGUUUUCUCGCGUGAAGAUUGGGGUGUUAUCUUCCAGUCGACUUGCCAAGCGGCUUUAGCAGAACUGGCACGAACCCUACGUGAGCUCAACACGCAUAUCAAGAACCAUCUAAACACCGAUUGCUAUUUGGCUUAUGAAAUCACCGAAAUCAUGUCGGCACUUUCCGGGAACCUCGAGACACGAACUGGAGAAUUGAAAGGAGCACUUGCUGCUGCACUGAAACCAGUUAGGGAAACCGCCAAGACGUCUCUGGCAGAGCUCUUGGAUGAAACAAGGCGAAAGGUCAGUAUGUUACAGAUGUUGCCAACUGACGGUGCACCGAUACCGUUAGUGUCGGAGACUAUGCAACGUCUUCAGACCAUGGUACACUUCUUGCGCCCAAUUUCGAGCAUUAUGAUAUCGAUUGGGGACGGCGGUUGGAAAUCCAACGCUGCGGCUAACGGGCGCUCCACGGAUGCAAUUCCCAGCCUGGCAUCGUUCGAUAUUGGGGCAGAUGGCAAGGAAAUAUUCUCGCACUACUGCCUCGACACUAUUGAAACGAUUUUGUCUGGGCUAGAUCAAAAGUCACGAAUACUCAUGAAGAGCAGAGCUGUCGCUGGAGUAUUCAUGGCCAACAGUGUGGUCAUCAUUGGUCGCAUGGUCCAGAGCUCAGAGCUCAACGACCUCCUGGCAGGCAAACUCGACAUUCUCGAGCAGUGGCGCAAAAAGGCAACGGCAGCCUACACAGAUGUUUGCAAGGACCUGUCUGUGCAUCUCUUUGAUACCGUCCACACUAAUCGUACAACACGACCUACAUCUGGGCCUGUCGAUUCGACAUCCAUCGUCAAGGGGCUGGGCAGCAAGGACAAGGAUAAAAUCAAGGAGAAGUUUACGCAGUUCAACGGCGCGUUUGACGAUAUGGUGUCGCGCCACAAGUCCUACAGUAUGGAGCGUGAAGUGCGGCGAAUGUUUGCAGAAGAUAUUCGUUCGAAACUCCAGCCUCUAUACACACGAUUUUGGGACAGAUAUCAUGAGAUUGACAAGGGCAAGGGCAAGUAUGUCAAAUAUGACAAGACAUCCAUUGCUGCUGUCUUUUCCAGCCUCGCUUCCUGA